UUUGGGUUUUGACAUUGCAAGAUAGUAAGAGACCACUCAAAAAGAUUUCACUUUUAGGGUUUAUACGGGCUUUUGAGAUGGGCUUAGUGCAGCCCAUCAAAAGCCCAUUUAAGAUACAAAGUCUCAUUUUGGUCGUGUCUUUGCACCGCAGUUGGGGGGAAGAAGAGGCACACCAGAAGAAAAAAGAGCAACCAUUCUUCUACAUUUUAGAAAAUUCUCCCCUUAUAAUUUGGGGGGAGGUGUGAGAGGAGAACAUGGUAUUGGUGGUAUUGUGGAAGAGGAGAAUUUUGUGAGUUCUUUAUUUUCAAUUUUAUCCUCCUUUCCCUGCAUAUGGUAGUUGGGUUUUCUGUUUGGUAACUAAAACCAUCUCAAAUCCGAAAUGACUACUCUAACAAGCUACAGCUCAUGCCUCAAGGACUCUACUUCUUUCGGCCUCUCACACUCGGCUCCAGCAUAUGUCUACAACAGAACACAUACUAGAUGGAGAUCUCCACAAGCUGCUGUGAUUCCUAAUAUGCAUCUUCCUAUGCGUAGUUACGAAGUUAAGAACAGGACAAACGUGGAUGAUAUAAAGUCUCUAAGAUUGAUAACAGCCAUUAAAACUCCAUAUCUCCCAGAUGGAAGGUUUGAUCUUGAAGCAUAUGAUGCCUUAGUGAACAUGCAGAUCAAUGGUGGUGCUGAAGGUGUAAUUGUUGGUGGUACAACCGGUGAAGGCCAAUUAAUGACUUGGGAUGAACACAUUAUGCUUAUCGGCCAUACAGUUAACUGUUUUGGCGGUGACAUCAAGGUGAUAGGAAACACAGGAAGCAACUCAACACGAGAAGCAAUACAUGCUAGCGAGCAAGGAUUUGCUGUUGGGAUGCAUGCUGCCCUUCACAUUAAUCCCUAUUACGGCAAGACCUCUAUGGAAGGAUUGAUUGCUCACUUCGAGAGUGUGCUUUCAAUGGGCCCCACCAUAAUAUACAACGUGCCGUCAAGAACUAGUCAAGAUAUUCCGCCUCAUGUGAUGCAUUCUGUAGCAGAAAAUGCUAACUUGGCAGGUGUUAAAGAAUGUAUGGGCAACGAAAGAAUUAAACAGUACACAGACAAAGGCAUCGUGACUUGGAGUGGAAACGAUGACGAAUGCCAUGAUUCGCGGUGGUCAUACGGGGCGACUGGUGUUAUAUCCGUUAUUAGCAACUUGGUCCCGCGGUUAAUACAACAACUCAUGUUCAAGGGUAAGAAUCCUUCCCUUAAUGCAAAGCUUAUGCCUUUGAUGAAGUGGCUCUUUAAGGAGCCAAAUCCUAUUGGCUUAAAUACAGCUUUAGCUCAACUUGGAGUAGUAAGGCCUAUUUUUCGCCUACCUUAUGUACCCCUUCCUGUGGAUAGAAGGAUUGAGUUUGUGCAAAUAGUCGAUGAAAUUGGACGAGAGAAUUUCGUCGGCGACGCUGAUGUUCAGAUCCUCGAUGAUGAUGAUUUUAUCAUGUUAGGGCGAUACUGAACUCCAGGGAGAUGUUUGUAGCAGCCCAUGAUAUUGGGAAAUUUUAGAUAUUGGUGGUUUAAGUGAAGAGGAAUAGUGUUCUGUUUUUUCCAUUCUUCUUGUUUUGUUUCCAAAAACACUGAACAACUAACCGUUUGCUAGUGUACUAUGAUGCUACUACCCUUACUCGUCGUAUCGUGUCUUUUGUUAGUAAGGGUUGUAAAAUCAAUAAACCUACUUCUUCCGUAACAUUAUAACUGCAACAAAUGAAUACUUUAUAUCUCAUAAAUAUUAUCCAUUUGUUGCAGUUAUUAUGCUACGGAGAAAGUUUUUAAUUUCCAUGCAAUAAUUAGGUGAAUAUAUGCCCAACUCCUUAAUAUAAAGCGUGCUUUGAUCUGUGA